AUGCCAGCCAUGGACCAGCUCAGGGGAUCUCUCUUCUUUCUCCUUCUGAUUCUGGCACCUUUAAGCAUCGUGGGACAUCCUCUUCUAAUCCAGGUACCUUCCCGUGAGCUGAUAAUUUCCAGCUUCUUUGUGAGCUCAACUAUUGUGUCCCGCUAUACCUCCACACGAGUGUGGACCUCCAUGAGCAAUCCACACCCUGAGGCCAAAGAAGCUGUCUUUGACUUGGAUCUGCCCAGUUCUGCUUUCAUCUCCAACUUUACCAUAACCAUUAAUGAGAAGAUCUAUGUGGCCGAAGUGAAGGAGAAGCACCAAGCUAAGAAGAUGUACGAUGAAGCCCGCAGGCAGGGAAGGACAGCAGCUCAUGUUGGCACCAAGGAUCGAGAAACAGAAAAAUUCAGGGUGUCCACCAUUGUGGAAGCAGGAGGAAAGGUGGCCUUUGAGCUGACUUAUGAAGAAUUGCUUCAGCGACAUUUGGGGAAGUAUCAGCACGCUAUCAGCAUCCGGCCCCAGCAGGUGGUGAGGAACCUCACCGUGGAAGUGAGCAUCUCUGAGAGAACUGGCAUCAACUAUGUCCAAGUCUUGCCCCUCCGCACAAGUCGGCUGAUGACCAAUACUCUUCAAGGUGAAGCUGAUGUGCCACCAUCAACUCGAGUUGAGAAAGGAAGGCACUGUGCUUGGAUUGUCUUCACCCCAACCCCCCAAGAACAGGAAGCCUUCUCCAGCUCAGGAAUCAUGGGUGAUUUUGUGGUGCAGUAUGACGUGGCCAUGCCAGAUGUUGCAGGCGAUGUACAGAUCUACAGUGGCUAUUUUGUUCACUACUUUGCCCCGAGGGGGAUGCCACUUGUGCAGAAGGACGUGGUGUUUGUUAUUGACAUCAGUGGCUCCAUGUAUGGCACCAAGCUGAAACAGAUCAAGAAAGCCAUGAAUGUCAUACUAAGCGACCUUCACCAAGAUGACCAUUUCAACAUCGUUACUUUUUCUGACAUGGUGAAUGUGUGGAAGCCAAGUCAAUCCAUCCAAGCUACUUCUCAAAAUAUCCGGAGGGCCAAAGAUUAUGUCAGCAAGAUGGAAGCAGAUGGAUGGACUGACAUCAAUGCCGCAUUGCUUGCAGCUGCCUCCAUCUUCAAUCAGAGUUCUCCAGUGGAGGGCAAGGUGGAGAAGGAGCCAAGAAUCCCACUGAUCAUCUUCCUGACAGACGGCGAGCCCACUUCAGGGGUGACAGCUGGCAGCCGCAUUCUGUCCAAUGCUCAGCAGGCUCUUAAGGGUACCAUCUCACUCUUUGGUCUGGCCUUUGGGGAUGAUGCUGACUAUGGACUGCUGAGGCGACUCUCGCUAGAGAACCGUGGGGUGGCCCGGCGUAUCUACGAGGAUGCUGAUGCCACUUUGCAGCUCAAGGGUUUCUAUGAUGAAAUUGCCAGCCCUCUGCUGUAUGACGUAGAGCUGUCCUAUCUUGAUGCAGUUGCACAAGACCUCACUCAGAACCUCUUCCCCAACUAUUUCCAGGGUUCUGAGCUUGUUGUGGUUGGCCGAGUAAAGCCAGGAGCAUCAAAGCUGCAGGUACGUGCAACGGGGCAAGGCCAGGAAGGCCCACUGAACCUGGAAAAUGACAUUUCAACCAAUACCACUGAAGCUGCUCCAUUUGGCUGCUUUGGAGAGAUCGACAAGAUCGGUCACUUUGUACAGAGGCUCUGGGCCUACUUCACCAUUCAGGACCUGCUACAAGCCCGUUUCCGAGCCAAUGACACAGCUGCCCGGCGUCUCCUGACAGAAAAAGCUACCAAUUUGUCAAUCAAAUACAACUUUGUCACCCCUGUCACCUCCCUGGUAGUGGUGAGGCCAGAAGAGGCCAGAGGCAGAAACUGGCCAGCAAAAACCACCAUCCCUCCAGGGGUGACUAGAGCACUAAAAGCCUCGUCUCAACCAUUGGCCGUAUCUGUUUUGCCAAGACUUUCUAAGACAGCUAAACCUGUUCUUGGAGUUACUGAUGCUCCUGCAGUAACAAGAGCUUUCAAGGGAAUGACAGGGACAGGAACUGUUCCGGUGACAGCACCUAGACUCUUUAAAGCAACCAGAGCCAUAUCUCCACCAGUUACUAUUAUGUCCACCAUCAUCACUCCAACUAUCUAUCCCACCAUAGUACCUACUGCCACUGGUCACCCCAAAGCAGCCAAAGUCACAACGAUUCCAGGGAGAACCACCAUCUCUCUGACUCCUGUGGCGAUCCAUAGAUCAACUAAACCUCCGAGAGCUACCACCUCCCUGAGGUCAACCAGGUCACCUGUAACCCUCCCCAAGAUCAGUCCCACCAGAGCAGCGAGACUCAAACUCACUGUACAGCCACACCUUGCCCUGGAGACCAGAGGAACAGCCACGACAAAGGUUGUGGCAGGGCUCCCCAGCACUGUAGUCAGGGCACCUACUGCUUUGUACCCUUCUGGCAGCCCAAAGAUCCUGGAGAGCAACACCAACCAUUGGGAGCAACCCAAGAAGAUCCCACGGCCAGGCCCUGAGCACCACCCAAGUACAAACGGGCAAGCAAGUACUGCCAGGAUGGAGGCAGGGAAUGCCCCCAGGAGCAAGACAGCCACCAAGGAUGGGAUCUCAGAGUUGCACAUUGAUAGGCCCUGGGAGAAUAGCACUGUCUCUUGGGGCCCAGAACUGGAAGCCACAUCCCUCAUGACUCAGGCAGCAGAAUUGGAGGAAGCCAGCCAGAUUCCUGGCAGCUCCACACCUGCCUCUGACAUCAGCCUCCUCUUGCUGCCUGAGGAGUCUGAAUUACACUCAACCACUAUCCAGAACACAGAAUAUGUGGAGUCCUUGAACCCGCCAGCUGUAUAUAGCUUUUUGAUACCCAAGGGGCAUGGAGGUAGCUUGGAUUAUGGAGACUAUCCAGAUUUCUUUGACGAAUCAGACAGCGAAUCAGACUCCCUGGGAGCUUCACCCAACACUGGCCUCUUCACGUUCUCCUCUUGGGUGGACGGAGACCCUCACUUUGUAAUAAAGCUGCCACAUUCCCUGGGGAAUCUGUGCUUCACCCUGGAUGGACGCUCCGGAGAUAUCCUGCGGUUGGUGAGCGACCCUGCCACAGGUUUGUCAGUUAAUGGGCACCUAAUGGAGGCCCCUUCAAGGCCAGGCCACGAAGAACGUCCCCGCACCUAUUUGGAUGUCAUCACCAUAGUAGUGGAGCACCCACAGGCCAGCUUUGUGGUUAACGUAACCCAGAAGGGCGUGACACUAUAUGGCGAGGAAGUGCUGGUCUUGCCCUUAGCUCAGCGGGCCACAAUCCACAUGCCCCCUCUGGCCAUUUCCAUGUGGCCUGAGGCCAAUAUCACUGUCCAGAUUGGGUCCACGGUUGAAUUCCUUGUUCUGCUGCACCACUACCGUCAUCCCACAGUCCUGCAGUUGGACCAUCUUGGCUUCUAUAUUGUGAAGGGCCAAGGCCUAUCAGCAUCAGCAGGCGGCUUGCUAGGCCAGUUCCAGAACAGCAACAUCAGCCUUUCCCCAGACCCAUCUCAGGAGGGCCAAGUUGCCUGGAUGCAAAGGGGCACAAACAAAGUGCUGGUCACUGAAGUCACCAAGGUGCUGAAGGAUUCAGUCCAGAGGGCUCAUGAGGCUGAGUGCUGGCUGGUGAAACGGAAGGAUGUGGAAGAGUUGCUGGGGGCCUCCUACUGCUCCUUCCUUGCCUCUGACCUGUUGGAAAUAGGAGCUGGCCCUCUUCCAUUUGCUGCCUAGCAAA